AUGAUAUGUAUUGGUAAUGAUAAUAAAUGCUAUACGUCGAAUAAUUGUGAAUAUGGAAAUGAUGUUGAAAACAAAUCAAAGAACGAACCAGUUCAACAAACACUUUCGUAUUUUGAUGUCCUUCUACCACACGUUCAGAUGGCAUCAACAAAUCCAUUCAUAUUAUCACUAAAUAGCUCGAAUGAGCGAAAAUUAUGGUCGCAGCAGUGGGUUCAGUUACUGCAACAAUCAUCAUGCCAACAAUUUCGCGAAAAUUCGAUAAAUUUAUUUUUGCAACCGUUUCGCAAAAAUAAGAGAAUUCGGACAGCUUUUUCACCGCAGCAACUUGUGCAACUAGAAAAAGCAUUUCAGUCGAAUCAUUACGUUAUUGGCAAUGAAAGAAAACAAUUAGCUAUAAAACUUUCAUUAACAGAAACUCAGGUUAAGGUUUGGUUUCAAAAUCGGCGGACAAAAUAUAAAAGGAUUAAAUGCAAUAGUGAGAAUAAUAACGAUAUUGGCAGUAAUGAUUCCACAAAUCCAGCUAAUAUUGAAAAUAAUAACAAUGAUAAAUGGUAA